AUGGCCCCUUUUCACCCAUGGCUGAAAGCGAAGUACUGGGCCCGCCGGCUCAUGCGGUGGGGUCGCCCCGAUCCCGACAAUCCGCAGUCGUUCACUAUGCAGGAAUGGAAAGAUCUUGGGGUUGCCGCCGAGGAGGUCGCCCAGCUGAUGGAUCAUGGCUAUGUGAGUGUAGCUUUCAACUCGCUCACAAUGGCGCAAGUCCAGUUCUACUUUGGCAUCCCCCGGGAGCCGUUGCCCAUGAUUCUACCACCAUUGGACACCCCCAUACCUGACGCUCUCCUACGGGAGAUUUCAAUGAUAGCGAUCGACACCGAAAGGGCAGGCGACAAUGAAGCCCGCUCAAGAGCAAUGCUGAACGCCAUUUUUAUGGGCGCCCUUCGAUACCGUCGACCUUUGGCCCCAAUUGGGGCCCGCAGGAUGCGGUUAGGGUUUGAGACGCCACUAUCCACCAUCUUCAAGGAGGCACCCAGGGUCGUGAUAAGCGGCCAAUCAGAUUAUUCCAUUUUCUACGAUGAGCACGAUGAUGUGGCGAAGCAGGUCAUCAUCAUCGAGGCGAAGAAGCUCGGUAGCGGACAGGCGGGCUUGCCCCAAUUAUUGGGGUACCUAGGCUCAGUCCAAUUCUCCCGUCGGUCAGACGGAAGAGCAAAAGCCCCGCUCUUCGGAGUCUUGACCGACUCCGAAGAGUUUGUUUUUAUCGUUCUCCAUGAAAACAUGAAGUACUCAAAAAAAACCUUCCACUGGAAGGAAGGGGAUGCGCAGAGAAUCUGGAGUUUGCUCGUAUACAUGAUUAAAACAAUGGAAAUCAGGAGCCGGGAGCCAUCAGACGAAGACCAGAUGCUCCAGUGA